UAAAAAACCGUGAACACCAUGGUAACAUGAGACAAGAAGAUCGAAAACAACAUGAAAAUACCAAAAAGAAAGCUAUUUCUUCUCAUUAUUUUCGCCUACGUUGCAUUUUCACUCUACGCUGCAUAUAAUGUCUUCUUCAGCACCAAAGUAAUCUCUCGCGUGCACAGAGUGGUAAAGAAAGAGCCAGGAGUACCAUCGGGCGGUGCCAGAGAUGGCGGAGCUCCGUUUUUAGCGGAGGACUGGAAUCCGUGGGAGGAUGAGCAGGUGGAGUACAACUCUGCUCUGAACGUGAAGAGAGAGGCCUUCAAACAGCAUCUGGCUCGAAUCGACAGGAACAAACCCAAGAGACACAAGGUUCAGAUCUGGGGCAAAGCUGCCAUCGGAAUUUACCUCUGGGAACAUAUUUUAGAAGGACCCCUCAACCCUACUGACAAGGUAGCACAAUGGAGAGAGGGGGAGCUGCAGUCUGGAAAGAUAGAUUUCAGUUUCUACACAGGUCCUGCUGUUGUCCAGGGUCACGUGCCUCUGGACAUGAACAGCCUUGUUCUGGUUCUCAAUGGCCGUGAGCAGCAGAAAGUCUCUUACUCCACACGCUGGCUGGAGCACGUCCAUUCUUUGGUUCAGUCCCACACCGUGUCUCAUGUGGCUGUGGUCCUGUUGGGCAAUGAGCACUGCAACAACAACUGGAUUGGCCCACACCUCAAGAGAAACGGUGGAUUUGUGGAUCUGCUGUUUGUAGUGUAUGACAGCCCCUGGGUCAACGACAAGGACGUCUUCCAGUGGCCUCUCGGUGUUGCCACGUACAGGCAGUUCCCCAUGAUCAGGGCUAACGCCCAGCUGAUUACCUCCAACCGGCCAUACCUCUGUAACUUCUUAGGAACUGUUUACAAAAAUUCCUCCAGAGAAACACUCAUGCACGUGCUGAAACACUCCGGCCUGGAUAAGGAAUGCAUUACCACUGUAAGAGAAAAGUGGCUCCCUCAGGAGACAGCCGACAGUCUAAGACGUUAUCAGACGGCGCUGGCCCAGAGCGAGCUCACUCUCUGCCCGGUCGGCAUCAACACGGAGUGCUACCGCAUCUACGAGGCGUGCUCGUACGGCUCGGUGCCCGUGGUGGAAGACGUGCUGACGGCCGGGGGCUGCGCGGCGGGUCCCAGCUCCCCGCUGCGUCUCCUGAAGGCUGCAGGAGCGCCUUUCAUCUUCAUCAGCGACUGGAAGGAGCUGCCGGCCAUCCUGGAGCGGGAGCGAGGGAUGAGCCAGGAGCAGAGAGUGGACAGGAGGCGGCGGCUGCUGGAGUGGUACUCCAGCUUCCGCCAGCAGAUGAAGGAGAGGUUCACAGAGGUCAUCGAGGAGAACUUCUUCAAAAGCAGCUGAAUUCGGUGCUUCGAAAUAUCAACAGGGGUUCUUACUAAUUUCAUUGAUAUUGUGGAUUGUGGACAAACGUGACGUGCUACUGACUUCGUGAACCUGGUGAUGUUCGAUGUCGUAUUCCGGUUCAAGGUUAUCAUUAAACAGUUCAUGUAUUUUGUCAAGUCGUUUAAUUGCCAUUACUAAUCAGCCAUUGCUAAUCGGCCGUCUAAACAAACCAUUUUUUUGCAUAUCUACAUGAUUUAAAUGUUUACAAUGAUGGAAUGUACAGGCAUUUAGGAAGCAGAAAUGUCCAGCUGCCUUUUCCAUUUUGACUAUGUUUUAUAUAUUGGUGUGUAUGUACACACUAUUGUGUUUUUUUAGAAAAUCCUGAAGAUUAUGUGUCAAAUGAGAUAAUGCGAUUUUAAGUCUUCUUUGAAAAUGUUGCAUACAUGAAAUUUAUUUAUAUUGUGAGUGGAUGUUGUUGUUGUGAUCAUGUUUUAUGAUUCAAUACUAACAAAAAAAAGACGCUUUUUCUGUUAUAUUUAUUUCAGUGUUGUGCUGCAUGGAUUUUUAUGACAGUACAAAAAAGUUGCAAUAAAAUCUGGAUG